UUCUCCAAAUUUAUUUACUUUUUUAAUACAUUUUGAAAGCUCACUUUCCUCUAUAAAUUGAAAACCCUAACACUGCAAUUGAAGUGAGAGUGGCUGGGCCUGGCGGCUGCUGCUGCACUUAAACGCCUCAUAAACAAAAGAGGUUUAGCAUUAAGAGACAAAAAUCAUAAAGAUAUUUUUUUUUAUACAUUUUUGUACCUUUAUAGAAUUAGUAAAUGGCGAUUUCGUCAUUGAAUUCUGUUCAAUUUUUAGGCUGUUCUUCAAAAAACCGUAAUUUCUUUGCUGUUGGUGAUUACAAUGCCAAGAAAGCGAUUAACUUUCCCUUAAUUCUUGCAUCUGCCAAGAAAUCUGAAUCUAAGGUUGAGACGUUGUUAGACAGUGUAAAAUGGGACGAGAAAGGUUUGGCAGUGGCUAUAGCUCAAAAUAUUGACACAGGAGCUGUAUUAAUGCAAGGCUUUGUGAACAGGAAUGCACUAGCUACGACCAUUUCCUCCCGGAAGGCAACAUUUUACAGUCGAUCACGAUCAUCUUUGUGGACAAAGGGGGAGACCUCCAAGAAUUUCAUCAACAUUCACGACAUAUUUCUUGACUGUGAUCGUGACUCUAUAAUUUACCUAGGAAAGCCUGAUGGACCUACCUGCCAUACAGGAUCGGAGACAUGUUAUUACACAUCAGUUAAUGACCUUCUAGAAGAAAAGGAGGUUCAGGGAAAGAGGUUGGCAUUGACAACAUUGUAUUCACUGGAGUCCACAAUAUCUCAGCGCAAAGCAGAAUUAGCAGCGCCACAGGAGGGAAAACCCUCUUGGACCAGAAGAUUACUAGAUGACCCAAACUUACUAUGCUCAAAAAUCAGGGAGGAGGCGGAUGAGUUGUGCCGAACGCUAGAGGAGAAUGAGCACAGUAUCCAUACUGCUUCAGAGAUGGGAGAUGUUCUUUACCAUGCCAUGGUUUUACUGGCACAUAAAGAUGUGAAGAUAGAAGAUGUGUUAGACGUACUAAGACAGAGAUUUUCUCAGUCAGGUAUUGAUGAAAAGAGAAGUCGCAAGCAACAAAACUAGUUAUACCAUCAUGUUACAAUCAAAUUGUAAUGAUAAAAUGGAGAUUUAAAUUUGUCCUUGAACAUCUCUUGUUUAGUUGUUGCUGAUCAAACUAUUGUAUUAUUUUCCCAAUUUUGUUUUGGUUGUAUUGUAGGUUUGGCUUUGUUUACAUGAAUCUUUUAAUUAUCAUUUUACUGAUCAAUAUUAUAAUAUGAACAUGGAUUUGGUCUUCCACAUCCUUAACAUGCGAACUCUUUUGGGACGCAAGCACCCAGAAUUGAGAAGCAUGUUAUCUUUAUUUA